GUGGUCUAGAUUGUUUAUGAUUUAGUUCGUCGUGGAAAUUGGAAAGAAGUAGACGUGCGUCAUGUCUAUCGCAUAUAAACUUGGUGAUUUAGUUUGGGCUAAAAUGAAGGGGUUCAGCCCUUGGCCCGGCCGGGUGGCCGUCCCAACUCCUGAACUGAAGCCUCUCAAGAAGGCCACAAACAUCCAAUGCAUUUAUUUCUUUGGGACUAAUAACUAUGCAUGGAUCGAAGAGCAUAACAUCAAGCCGUACCACGAACACAAAGAGCAACUGAUCAAGUCCUCCAAGUCGGUCGCCUUCAAGGAGGCGGUGGCUCAAAUUGAAGAGUUCAUUAUACACCCUGAGAAAUUCGGCGACUUGGACGAACACGUCCGCAACACUGAAGAAGAUUUCGACAAGCUGAAGAGCGAUAUGCAGGACGAAGAGAGUACCGAGGACAAGCCGGCGGAGGAAGAAGCCGCCGCGCCUGAGGUGAAGAAAAAGAGCGGUACGCCCAAGAUUCGUUUGGGUUCAAAGGUGAAGCCAGUAAAACGCUCGUCUUCGGCUGGGCUCAAGGCGACGCCGCGCAAGAAGGCCAAGGCGCGAUCAUCCGUCACCGACACGGAGCUUAAUGACAAGCCGUCUAUGCUCAACCAUUCCUUCUCCAAGAAGUCCAGCCUUCUGCAUCGCCCCUCCAACAUACUGAGACCUGAGACGCCGCCGCUGGACCUGGAGAACGUGUCUGAAACGCUCCUGGAGAAGAACAUCAAGGCGAGCCAGAUGAAGUUCGGCUUCCUCGGCCUCGGCAUUAUGGGCAGCGGCAUCGUCAAAAAUCUUCUCAACUCCGGCCACAAGGUGCUAGUGUGGAACCGUACCGGCGUGAGGUGUAAAGAGUUCGAGAAGGUUGGCGCUACGAUAGCAGUGACUCCUUGUGAUGUGGUGGAAGAGGCGGACAUCACGUUCUCCUGCGUGGCCGACCCACAGGCUGCGAAAGAGAUGGUGUUCGGAAACUGCGGCGUGCUGCACUGCCCGUCGUUGGAAGGCAAGGGCUACGUGGAGAUGACGUCAAUAGACGCCGACACGUCACACGACAUCGUCGAAGCCAUCAGCGGGAAGGGCGGCAGAUAUCUUGAAGCUCAGAUCCAAGGCUCAAAGACGCAAGCAGAGGAAGGCACGUUGAUAAUCCUGGCGGCGGGCGACCGCACGCUGUUCGACGACUGCCAGUCGUGCUUCAAGGCGAUGAGCAAAAACUCCUUCUACCUAGGUAGUGAAAUCGGCAACGCGUCAAAAAUGAACUCCGUAUUGCAAGUGGUGGGCGGCGUGUCUCUGGCGGCGUUGGCCGAGGGCCUGGCGUUGGCGGACCGCGCCGGCUUGAGCCAGGCCGACCUGCUGGACGUGCUGGCCUUGACGCCGCUCGCGUCGCCACACCUCAUACUGAAGGGACGAGCGAUGAUCGAGUCGUCGUACUCCACACACCAGCCGCUGACGCACAUGCAGAAGGACCUCAAGCUCGCGUUGGGGCUCGGCGACGCGCUGGAGCAGUCGCUGCCGCUCACCGCCACCACCAACGAGAUCUUCAAGCACGCCAAGCGCCUCGGCUACGCCAACCACGAUGUCGCCGCCGUCUACAUACGCGCCCGGUUCUAGUGCUGAUCCAUACUCCACCCACCAGCGGAUUACCCGUCCUAGGAAAACCACGACUUCUAAGCCGCCUACAUACGCGCCGGGUUCUAGUGUUGAUCUACCCCCUAGCAGUUCACCCAACCUGGUAAAAUCAACUAUACAUACUACAUAGGCUACGCGCCAGGUUCUAGCCAAGACAGGUCUUUCCACCAGCCAUACACCCCAUACAGGAACUUAAGCUGAGGCUGGGGUUGGACCGAUCAAUGUUGACGCCUAUAACGGUACAGUGGAGUGCAGCUCAUAGAGGCGUAAGAGCACUGCUUAUCCAAGUUGGAAAAAGAUCAAUUCUCACUUUUUAACCUACCUAACUAAUGUUUACUUGGCUUCGAAUCUGUGCACACCACUGGUCGUGACGUAUGGAGCUGUCCAUAAUAUUUGUUUCAAUGGACAAUAAAGGUGGCACAGUUUGGUCGUCCCUAUCACUUGACGUCGGGUCUUAGGCCGGUAUCCACCAAAGCGGAGAUGGGCGGGGGCUAGUCCGAUGUCAGCCCGUUGCUGGGAAGAUUUCGAGUACUGUACGGGCUCACUUUGGUGCGCAUUUGCCUUUGGUUUGGUUGCGGUUUAAUGAAAACUGUCAUACCCUUCCAGGUUAGCAGGUUUCCAUCUUAGACUGCAUCAUCACUUACCAUCAGACGAUAUUGCAGCCAAGGGCUAACUUGUAUCUGAGGCUGAGAUCCAUAGAGC